AUGACCUUCCCUCCCCCUCACCCUUCCGCCCAAUCGUCGAUUGCUUCUGGCACCGAUAAAUCUUCUUCGACCAGGACUGAUAUUGGUGCCUGGGGUCGGUCCGUGUCCCAGUCCGGCGUUCGUCGUGGGUUGACUCCCCUCGCGACCAACCUUCCCCCCACCGUUCCUCCGUCUUCCCGGGGCUUGGAAUCAGGCCCGGGGGCCUCUACGCCGUCCUCCUUCUCUGCCGUUCUGAGUUCCUCCAGGGGACUUUCCGGUGGCAGCCCCAAGCCCGCACCCUCGCCGUUCACCUCACUACAAUCUGGCUUGCAACAACAGGGCCAGUCGCUCUCGUCUCCAAAGUUUCGGGCUCAUACCCCAUCCGCAGGGUCCCAUUUGGCCUCUGCAACAGGCCCCAUCACGGGUGGUGGAGGCACUGGGGGAGGAGGUGGUGGGCCGGGCUCUUCGAGAGGCGUCGCCUUUUCACCGCUAUCGUCCGGAACAACCGUGAACUCACCCACGGGCUUCGCCUCUGACAAGCCGGGAUCUGCAGCUUCCGCGGCCGCUCACUCGAGUCAAUCCUCACUCACUAAAAUCUCCAUCGCGCAGGUCUUCCUCCUGCUCGAUUCCAUUACAGAAAAAGAAGGCAAGGAAAAGUGGGAGACCAAGGCUGCCCAGAUUCACAAGCUUGUUACAUCCAACGGAAUGGAGGUCUUUUCCAAAUACUUUCGCCGUCUUUUGACAGGCAAUGCGCCUCAAAUCUUUCCCGGGGUCAACAAGUCCGUCGAAAAUGCCGGCAACUACCCCCUUCUUGUCCAGGAGGUGCAGAAGGUUGCCUCGGACCCUGAACAAGCCCAAAAAAUUGCCGAGACGGUAGACACAUCGGAAGGCGACAUCUUUCGCGAUUUCGAUUUGUCGACCUUCCUGGAUCAUUUCCGUCUCGACCCUGUCGUCAAGGUUGCACUUGCUUUGGCCUUCAAGAUGACCAACAAAUCCGAUCUUCGUGCUAAGGCCGAUGCGAUCCUCUCAAACUCCGUUGCCCCCUUCCUACAGAGCCUUGCAAACCCCUCAGAAACCACCAAGGACUACCAGAACACUUUCCUCGGCAUCACAAUCGAACGAUUCAUUCUCUACCCCCCCCGCAACUUCACCGACGAUGUUAAGGCGAAGUUGGUUUACGCAACAAACUUGCGAUAUCAGAAAAUGGGCUUGGAUAUGCCGUUUGAGGUCUCAUCCGCUCUACAAAUGUUCAACUUUGUCAACCCGCGCUUCACCCUCGUGCGACAGCUCCACUCCAAGGGACCGCGAGCGACAGCAAACUCGGAAUCAGCUGCGGAGGUGAUCAAUGCCGCUGGACCAGAAAGCUGGAAUGAGGAGCACUUGGCUAGUGCUCUUCUGUUUAUGGUUCUGUCGCAAUACUGGCAACAGUACUCACUGGAGACCUUCCUGAACGCCUAUGCCGAUAGGAAAAUUAAUUGGCCUAUUGUGUUUCGAAACUUUGAUCGAGAAGGUCUCAGGGUGGAUCCAAAGCAGUUUGUCAAGCUGUACAGCCUUCUUUCGACCGUCUCUACGGAUUCUCUGGACGUUCAAAGACUGUGGGGCGGUGAUUGGGAGCACCGUGACACGCAAAUGUCAUUCUUGACGGCUUUUAUCGCUGCUCGCACGGACGCAUCUCAAAUCCCCCAUUUGCGUGCGACCUUCCCUGCCGACUUUUUUGAGGACGCGCCCGAGAUUGUUAAGGUGCAAGGUGAGCGUGCGGCAAAGUCGCCUUUGCGAUCUAUGGAUGCCAUGAAAGCCAUCUUCGACCUUGCGCUAUUCUCGCAGGCCUCGUGGGCUGCCACUGAAAGCCAGCUCUUGAUUAAGGCUGUACUCCAAUACGAUCUCCCAGUAUUUCUCUGUUCCGCCCUCGCUCUCCCGCAGCCGUGGUCUAGCGUCCAGCAAAGUUUCGUGCUGCGGACUUUCAUCGUUUUCAUUACCAAGCAAGAAGAGGGCUAUCAGCUUGCUCUCCAUGGGGCAUGGAGGCAAGACCGACAGUGGGUUUCGGAGCAACUCUUCACUGCUUUCACCCAAGACCCCACCUCAACAGCAGCGAUUUAUGACCAUGCCGCCGCGUACGGUUGGCUCGAUUACCUCCUUGGCUUCACCAAUGGACUUGCUCUCGAUCUCGCCUGCUACUCUCAGCGCAUGGGCACAUUUGACCUCGAGCAGUGGGUCCGGAAUGCCUCCCAGAAGGGACCACUCGAUAUGGGCGCUUUACUGUCGAAAUUUUUGAGAAUCAAGGCUGAUGAUGAACUCCACGUCCAGCGGAAAGAACAGUCUGUCCCUCAGAUGGUCAGCCUCUCCGUGAAAACCGUGUACACGCUCCUGUCUGUACUGGAGGAAUAUGUCGGAGACCGUGAAAACCUCACACCCGUUCAACGCAUCUGUAUCCAGACAUACCCUCGACUGAUCAACUACGGCGAAGGGUUCGACGACGUCAUCGACGCCAAUGGUCAAAACGGGAACACCUUGCCCGAGACAAUUGACAAGCAGAUGCAGGACCUGUUUGGCAAGAUGUACCACGAAGAACUUUCGCUCAGGGAGAUGUUGGAGUUGAUGCGGAACUACAAGUCGUCCCGGGACUCCACCGAACAAGAUCUCUUUGCUUGCAUGGUGCACGGCCUUAUCGACGAAUACCAUUGCUAUCACGAAUACCCGCUGGAGGCUCUGACAAAGACCGCGGUCAUGUUUGGCGGCAUCAUCAACUUCCGUCUGGUUGAUGGCAUUACACUGAAGGUCGGCCUCGGCAUGAUUCUCGAGGCCGUCAGAGAACAUGAAGUGCACGACCCGAUGUACAAAUUUGGUGUGGAGGCGAUCGAACAGUUGAUCAACCGCCUUCCCGAGUGGGCCGGUUUCUGUCAUCUGCUCCUGCAGAUCCCAUCUCUGCAGGGGACGCCCAUCUUCCAGAAGGCCGAGGAAGUACUUGGGGAGGAAGGCAAUCAGCUUGGAGAUGCAGAGGCCGGGCGAUUCGAGGAACUUGCCGCUUCGACCUUGACUAAUGGCAAUGUGGACGAUUCAUCGAUUGCUGAUGGCUCCUCGCGCAAGUUCCGUUCCGUUCAAGUGGAUCCCCCCUCCGACAAGAUCCUUUUCGUCCUGAACAAUGUUUCGGAGCAGAACAUCGACGAGAAGCUGCGCGAUUUGCGAGACGUGUUGCGCGACCAGCACCACCAGUGGUUUGCCUCAUACCUGGUGGAGGAGCGCGCAAAGUUGCAGCCUAACUUCCAGCAACUUUACUUGGACCUUCUCGACCGCAUCGGGGACAAGAUUCUGUGGGCCGAAGUUCUGAGAGAGACCUAUGUCAGCGUCGCCAAGCUACUCAACUCGGAAGCCACCUUGAAUUCGUCGACUGAUCGCGGCCAUCUCAAGAACCUGGGUGCUUGGCUGGGUUCGUUGACUAUCGCGAAAGACAAGCCCGUCAAACACAAGAACGUCUACUUCAAGGGCCUGCUCCUGGAGGGUUAUGAUACCCAGCGCCUCAUGGUCACUAUUCCAUUUACUUGCAAGGUGUUGGUGCAGGCAACUAAGUCUACAGUGUUCAAGCCUCCCAACCCAUGGUUGAUGGACAUUCUGGGCCUCCUGCUUGAGCUGUACCAUUUCGCCGAGCUGAAGCUUAACCUUAAGUUCGAGAUUGAGGUUUUGUGCAAAGACCUGGAUCUUGACCACAAGGCGAUUGAACCCUCCAUCAUCAUUCGUGACCGUGCAGCCCAUGGUGAAGAGGCUCUGUCGACCACCAACAUUCCGGAGGGUCUGGAGGCCUUUGAUGAUAUGGCUCUUACCUCGAUAAACCAGGGCAUCCGAAAUGAAAGACUGUCGCCCUCUGCCAUCAUAUCGACCCUCCCCAGCCUUGAUAAGAUCCUUGUCCUCCCCUCAUCGGCAAGCAGUAUGGUGGACCCCAGCAUUCUCCGCCAGAUUGUUCACACCGCCGUCGAGCGGGCUAUUGCCGAGAUCAUCACUCCUGUCGUGGAGCGCUCUGUCACUAUUGCCUCCAUCUCCACCGUUCAGCUGGUGUCGAAGGACUUCGCGAUGGAGCCCGAUGAGGAAAAGGUACGACAUGCUGCAGGCAUCAUGGUCCGACAGCUUGCUGGCAGCUUGGCUCUGGUUACCUGCAAAGAGCCGCUCAAGGUUAGCAUGACCAAUUACAUCCGGAUGAUCCAGCAAGAGUACUCCGAUCAGCCCAUGCCCGAGGGUCUGAUUCUGAUGUGCGUGAAUGAUAACCUGGAUGCUGCCUGUGGAAUUGUCGAGAAAGCUGCGGAGGAGAAGUCUCUUCCCGAGAUUGAGAAGGUCAUCGAGCCCCAGCUGGAGGCACGCCGUCGUCACCAUGCCGCUCGGCCUAAUGAGCCGUUCAUUGAUCCGUCCAUGAAUCGUUGGGGAUUAUUCAUUCCGGAACCCUACCGGCAAGCCCCUGGUGGCCUCAACAAAGAACAGCUGGCGAUCUACGAAGAAUUUGCUCGCCAGUCCCGGGGUCCCGCAACCGCUCACCCCCAGAACGUUUCUACCGACUCCGGCCGCCAGCUUCCCGAUGUCCUUCAGGAGUCCUACCCUGCCAUUCCCAACCUUUCCACUCCGGCUGAGCAGCCCGCUGUUCCCCAUAGAACCCCUCAGGCCCAGCAUGCAGUUUCGCAGAUGGCCGUUCAUACGAACGGCUUCCUUGAUGCUCAAACCCCUCGGGAAAGAGUGGAAACUCUCGUCUCCGACCUGCAGCAGUCUACCCGCAACACCCCCGAGGAACACAUCAAGGACCUUCCCAAAGACAGCGCUGUUCUCCAAGAGUACAACCAGGCAUUGCGCACCAUCCUGGUUUCGCCCAAUGGCGAGGAACUCGCACGUCUGACUUCGCUCAAGAUUUGCACGACUCUGUACUCUCAGUCACCAGUGCCCCUGGAAAUUGAGGUUCUUGUGCACCUUCUCGCCAAGCUCUGCGAUAUGUCCACCCUCAUCGCACGGUACACGUGGGCUCUGCUUUCGGAAGUUGAUGAUGAGCACAUGUUCAAUGUGCCAGUCACGGUGGCACUCAUCGAUGCAGGCCUCCUGGACAUUCGUCGCGUCGAUAUGGUUCUGACUCGACUCAUUUUGCAGAAGAAUGUUAGCGCACUCGAGUUGCUGGACAACCUGAUGGAUCGUGUUCUUUUCAGUGAUGAACCCUCGGCUUUGCGGUCAGACUUCUCCGGUAGUCUUGAGGCCAUGACCCAGUGGCUCGCAGAGGAUGGCAGUGUCACUCCGGCCAUUGAGAUUGUUCGCAAGCUGCGCGAUGUCGGCAUCCCCGAGGUUGUCAACCCUCUUCUCAGCAAUCAAACCCGGUCCAAGCGUGACCAAAUGGAGUACAUCUUCAGCGAGUGGAUCGGCAUCUACAAGGCUCCCGGUGCCACUGACCGCACUUAUUACUCUUUCCUCCAGGAUAUUCACCAGCGCCAGGUGAUGAACAACCAAGAGGACUCGGCUAUGUUCUUCCGCCUCAGCAUCGACAUCUCCGUUGGCAUGUUCGAGCACGAGUCCCAAAACCCCAACGGUAGCCUUGAUGAGGCUUUCCUUUACAUUGAUGCCCUCGCCAAACUUGUCAUUCUUUUGGUCAAGUUCCAGGGCGAGAGCACUGGGGCCGUGAAGGCUAGCAAGCCUGCCUACUUCAACUCUAUCCUGUCCAUUCUGGUCCUUGUCCUGAACAACCACCAAGUUAUGAGAGGGGAAGCGUUCAACCAGCGUGUUUUCUUCCGGCUGUUCUCUAGCAUCUUGUGCGAGUACUCCAUGAAUGGGCUUCAGCACAGCGAUCAGCACCAGGGCAUGAUCUUUGCUCUGGCCAACAAGUUCCUGUCUCUCCAGCCCCGAUACAUCCCCAGCUUUGUAUAUGGGUGGCUUUCGCUGGUUUCCCACCGGGUCUUCAUGUCCGACAUGCUGAACAUGCCGGAGCGCGCAGGCUGGGCACCAUACUGCGAGAUCAUGCAGGCCCUUCUGUCCUACAUGGGCGAGCAGCUCAAGGCGGCCAACAUUUCUUACGUCGCCAAGGAUUUGUACAAGGGUGUGCUUCGCAUUCUGCUCAUUCUCCACCACGAUUUCCCGGAGUUUGUGGCUGAGAACCACUUCCAUUUCUGCAAUGUAAUUCCGGCUCACUGCGCUCAGCUCCGCAAUCUUGUUCUCAGUGCCUACCCUUCGUCAUUCCACAAGCUGCCUGAUCCCUUCCGGGAGGGCUUGAAGGUUGAGCGCAUUGAAGAGAUGCGGGAAAUCCCUAAGAUUGCAGGCGAUGUUGUUGCUCCUUUGCAGCGCGUGGGUAUCAAGGACGUUGUUGAUGGCGUACUCCAGCACGACAAUGUGUCUGAGGCAGCCAUCCAGCAGGUGUGCGAUGCUGUGAUCAACUCGGAGAUUCAGGACACUGGCCUCUUCUAUGCCCCCAUUAACGUGCAUGUCGUUCUCGUCAACGCCCUUGUUUUGUACAUUGGGCAGAAAGCGGUAGCUGAACACACGCCUAAGAGCAACACUCGCAGCGCAUUUGAGAACUCCACCCACACCAUCCUCCUGGAGAAGCUCGCACAAACCAUGCGCCCCGAGGCCCGGUAUUACUUGCUGAGCGCCAUGGCGAACCAACUCCGUUACCCCAACAGUCACACCUAUUUCUUCAGCUUCGCGAUUCUGCGUCUCUUCGGUGUCGACUAUUCUGAGCAGGAUGACUCGGACAUCCGCCAGCAAAUCAUCCGGGUGCUUCUGGAACGACUCAUCGUCCACCGCCCGCACCCGUGGGGCUUGAUUAUUACGCUGCAGGAGCUCCUUCAGAACCGAAGCUACUCCUUCUUCCGCCUUCCGUUCAUCCAAGCGGCUCCGGAGAUCGGCCGCCUCUUCGAUGCCCUCCUCCAACACAUCCAACAGCAGAGCCCCCGUCCUCUUGCUUAA